AUGGCGGGCACAGGCCUAGUUCAUGACGCAAAAACAGCGACCGAAUUGAUUGUAAACAUUGUGCGUUGUGUCUGCUUCGCGUUGCGUGUAGUGAAACACUUCAAGAAAGAUCUGCCUUACUUGUUGAAGCACAGCUAUUGGGUAGAGCCGGGUGCCGGCUCAGUGUCGAUGUGGGAUAAGAUGAAAGCAGAAGGAAAACUAGGUUUUCUUCGCAAGCUAAAGUUGAAAGUUGGUAUGCAUUUUGGUCCUGCCUAUGCCGGUUUCUUAGCGCAAGACUGUACGUUUGAUCUGUGGGGCGCACACGUCAAUCUAGCAGCUAGGAUGGAGGGGAAAUGUGAGGAAGGUCGCGUUUUGUUGUCGGAAGCUACCCAUGCGCGAGUAGCACCUUACUUCGAUUGCGAAGAGACAGAGAGCAGUCAACGUGGCUGUGUCCGCAUGCGUAACCCUCAUUGUGAAUCGCUUCUACAAGACUUCUUGCGAGAUGGCUUCUUUUCUAACGCCACAACGCCUGCAGCUACACCUGAUGAGGUGGAUGGCAAUGGCACUGUGGUAUCUUCAACGCAGAUGAAGACCGUCAAUUCUAC